CUGCGGGGUGACGGCACUUCCGGCGGAGGAGGCGGGCGCCGGUGCUGCUGCUGCUGUGUCAGGGGGCUCGAGGGCUGUUCGCGAUGGCCGCCGCGGGGGGCACCUACCGGCUUCGCUGCUCCUUGGUGGGCCACGAGCUGGACGUGCGGGGCCUCAGCUGCUGUCCCUUCCCCGCCGGCUCAUUCGUCUCCGUGUCCCGGGACCGGACGGCGCGGCUCUGGGCGCCCGACAGUCCCAACAGAGGAUUUACGGAAGUGCACUGCAUGAGUGGCCAUUCAAAUUUCGUUUCUUGUGUGUGUGUCAUCCCUCCAAGCGAGCUUUAUCCACGUGGAUUAAUUGCCACCGGCGGUAAUGACAACAACAUUUGCAUUUUCGCUUUGGACAACUCUGCACCAUUGUAUGUCCUUAAGGGUCAUAAAAACACAGUUUGCAGCCUCUCAUCUGGGAAGUUUGGCACCCUGCUUAGUGGCUCGUGGGAUACAACAGCCAAAGUCUGGUUGAAUGACAAAUGCAUGAUGACACUACAGGGCCACACUGCAGCAGUAUGGGCUGUGAAGAUAUUACCUGAACAAGGAUUAAUGUUGACUGGUUCGGCUGACAAAACUAUUAAGCUGUGGAAGGCAGGUCGAUGCGAGAGAACUUUUACUGGACAUGAAGACUGUGUAAGGGGCUUAGCCAUUUUAAGCGAGACGGAGUUUCUUUCUUGUGCAAACGACGCCAGCAUUCGAAAGUGGCAGGUAUCGGGAGAGUGUCUUGAGGUUUACUAUGGCCACACCAAUUAUAUAUACUGCAUAUCGGUCUUCCCACAAAGUAAAGAUUUUGUUACUACUAGCGAAGACCGAUCGCUCAGGAUCUGGAGAAAGGGGGAAUGCACACAGACAAUCAGACUUCCAGCUCAGUCCAUCUGGUGUUGUUGUGUGUUGGACAACGGAGACCUUGUCGUUGGAGCAAGUGAUGGCAUUAUUAGAGUGUUCACUGAAUCUUUGGAGCGCACAGCAAAUCUGGAGGAGAUUCAGGCUUUUGAAAACGAACUUUCUCAAGCAAAAAUUGAUCCUAAAACUGGUGAUUUAGGGGACAUCAGUGUUGAUGAGCUUCCUGGGAGAGAGCAUUUGGACGAACCAGGUACAAGAGAUGGACAAACGAGACUUAUUAAAAGUAAUGGAAAAGUUGAAGCUUAUCAGUGGAGCACUGGUGAAGGGAGGUGGAUGAAGAUUGGGGAUGUGGUCGGUUCAUCGGGAGCCACACAGCAGACAUCUGGAAAGGUUUUAUUUGAAGGAAGGGAAUACGACUAUGUUUUUACUAUUGAUGUGAAUGAAGGCGGGCCAUCUCACAAGCUGCCCUACAACAUCAGUGAUGAUCCCUGGCUGACGGCGUACAACUUCUUGCAGAAGAAUGACCUAAAUCCAAUGUUCCUGGACCAGGUGGCCAAAUUCAUAAUAGAUAACACCAAAGGGCAAACGCUGGGACCCGCGAAUUCAGAUUUUUCAGAUCCUUUCACAGGCGGUGGCCGCUAUCUUCCAGGUUCUUCCUCGGAGUCCAGGGAAGGGCUCCCAGGUGCAGAUCCGUUUACAGGUACAGGCCGCUACGUCCCAGGUUCAGCAUCUGCCCCUGCAGCUCCUGCAAGUGGAACUGAUCCAUUUACAGGGACGGGUGCCUACAAAUUAACUAUACCUAAAGCUGAAAAUAUUUAUUUUCCAAAGAAGGAAGCUGUUGCUUUUGAUCAGGCCAACCCUACACAAAUAAUGGGCAAACUGAAAGAACUUAACAGAAGUGCCCCGGCUGAACAGCAGUUAACCGAAGAUGAUUUAGGUCUUCUGGAGAAGAUGCUCUCUAUAACAUGCAACACCUCCUCUGAAGCACCCACAGCACAACAGCUGCAAACUUUGUGGAAGGCAAUUAACUGGCCAAAUGACAUUGUCUUUCCAGCGCUCGAUAUUCUUCGGUUAUCCAUCCGGCAUCCCAGCGUGAACGAAAGCUUCUGCAGCGAGAAGGAUGGCCUACAGUUCAGCAGCCACCUGAUCCAAUUCCUGAACCCCGGAGGAAAGCAAGCCAACCAGAUGCUGGCCCUUAGAAUUUUGUGCAACUGUUUUAUCCACCCAGUUGGCCAGAAGCUCAUGAUGUCACAGGGGGACUUGAUAAUGUCACAGGCAAUAGAGCUGAAAAUAAGCAGCAAUAAGAACAUUCACAUUGCAUUAGCCACCCUGGCUCUGAACUACGCUGUCUGUUUACAUAAAAUUAAUAACAUUGAGGGGAAAGCUCAGUGCUUAUCAGUGAUCAGCACAGUCAUGGAAAUUGUGCAAGACCUCGAAGCUAUCUUUAGACUACUUGUGGCCCUUGGGACAUUGAUCAGUGGUGAUUCAGAUGCUGUACAGUUAGCUAAGUCUCUGGGGGUUGAUUCUCAAAUUAAGAAAUAUUCCUCUGUAUCGGAACCGGCUAAGGUAAACGAAUGCUGUAGGUUGGUCCUUAACCUGCUCUAACCGUUUUGUUUUUUUUAAAAGCACUUGAGAGUCUGUGGCUAUGCUGAAGAUAAACUUUUUCAUAUUUUACAACAAUGGAGAGAAGAAAUACUGUGGGUUAACUAUCUGGACAUUAAGUGAAAAAAACCUAAAUAAAAUCUUUUUUUGCACUGAUACAGAAUUUGUUAUCCUUCAAAGCUGCAAUGCAUCAGAGUUUGCUUGUGUAGUCGGCCUGCAAGUAGCUUUUGAGUGUUCGGAAUUAAAUGCCAACAGAAAUCAACAAAGCAAUCUUGAUUGGCCGAGACAGUUUUAAGAACGGGCUAUCUCAGCUUUGUUUUUCAUGUAAUGUUUUAAAAGAAAGUACAUCUGUGUACAACCACAGCAUUUUAAGUUAUAGUACCUACACUCAUUGUUCCAGCUUUUAGAUUGUGAGGCACCGCUGCCUAACAUGGUCCUGAUUUCUUGUGGAACAGAAUAAUGCAAAAGUUUUUAAUUUUCACAGGUGUUUUUUUUAACCACUUUAUCUGAUAAUAUGUAGUAUGCCAGGAAACAUGUACUCUGAGUUGUCUGGUGUGUGGUGUGAGCUUUUUUGACCCUCUGUAAAAUGUUCCUUUGGAAUAUAUAUGGGGUUUUAUCUUUUUUUGGGAUUCAGCGAUAACCUUCCAGUGCUGAAAGAAGUGCAAUGUUAUCUGCAGCCAGCCAGAGUGCAAUAAUAACACUGCCGAGUUUAAGCUGUCUCAUUCAUAUUGAUGAGAUGUUCAUUCUAAAGUCUAAUCCCUUAUACCUAAAUGUCACCAUUAUUUCUUAGUUCCUUAUCAGACGCAUGCAGAUCAUGCGCUUAUCCUUUUUUUUUGUCCUUGUUCAGUUAGAAAUACAGCUGCAAUACUAAAUAUGCAAAUAAGUAUUUUGAGAUCAGAACGUACUGUUUUAUUUCGGGAAAUUCAAACAAGCUAGUUAAAUGUUAUUCUGGGGAAUCCCCCCCCCCCUGCUGAGAGCAACGCCUCCCUCGAUAACCAAAGUGGGGAGUCUGCUGAUGUUGUCAAACUCCCUCUAUCACUUUCUCCUUUGAUGCGUUUCCAGCUUGGCUAAACAUGUAAGGAUAAGCUUUGGUCUGGACAAAUGACACUUUGUUUCACCAAAUAAUGUCACCCGUUUCUGACCGUAUUCAAACACUGCUGCUAAAGUGUGCUCAACCAAGUGGACAACACAUUUUUUAAAAAAUAAAUAAAACGUGUCUGGAACUGAAAUAGCUCAGAUAAAAAUAAACAUGCACUUUGAGCUGUGUAAAGAAUGUCUUUGAAAAGUAAAAACCUGUACCCUGUAGACAGGUGAAGAAGACAAGUGGGAGGGUGGGGUUUGAAGGAUAUAUUUUCAAUGUGUGAAAAAUUCAUUGGCAAAAUGCCAUAUAGGCUGAGACAUUGCAGAUAACUUUCGAGAAUGGCCAGAGAACAUAAGUAUAGCUUUGCUCUUCUCACAGGACCCACCAGAAACCUGCAAGCAGUACAUGAGCCCCACACAAGGCCGGAUUUAGGUUGGAUGAGGCCCUAAUCUACUGAAGGUAAUGGGGCGCUUUAAAUAA